CGCAGAGCCGCGCCGCCCGCCGAUGGCGGCGGUGGCCGGGGCGCCAUGCGCCGCGGCGGCGGAGGCGCGGGCCAGAGCCCGCAGGCCCCCGAAGGAGAGCAGCCGGCGUUUUUCCCAGAGGAGGGCCUCCAGCUUGCCGACGACGGCGAGCCCCAUCGGCUGACCACGGCUGGGGCGCUGCGUGGGCGAGGAGAGCGGCGAAGACGGCGGAGGCAGCUGGAGCGCUUCUGGGACGCCGCCGUCGUCACGCUGCGGGCCCACAGCGCGAGCAGCGAGAGCCCCGACUCCACGGACAGCAGCACCGCGAGCUCGGAGGGCCCCUGGACUCGGUGGUCCGCGGUCUCUGCGGCGCUCCCGCUGUGCCCCGCCCAGUCUUGCUACCGGCAGUGGGACCUGGGCAGCCUGGAGUCCCUGGAGGCCUCGAGCGUCGAGGCGGGCGGGGGCCCGCUGGGAGCCUGGCGGCCGGCACUGGGGCGCGGACGGCCAGGAGGCGCCAGCAGAGGUACGAGGCGAGGAGGCGCAAGAGAGCAGCGGCUGCAGUGCGCCGGCCCGCGGACACCUGCGAGGCGGGCGGCGCGGCUGCCGACGGCGCCGCGGCCGCGCCAGAUAGCCCGGAGGAGGUGCCGCCGCCGGCCUGCCACUCGCUUAUUUGUAACGAUACACCAGUCGACGGCUACGUCGACCACCACGUGCCCGCCACGGCGAGACGCCACGACACUCCCAAUCACGUCCAGAGGACGUGGUCCAGCUUGCUGGUCGUUGCUGGAGGCCUGAACCACAAGGUGGGCAACCCGUACCCCAUUGCAAUGACCUCCGGCGAGGUGGCGCUCGUCUACGCGAAGCACGAGCUCGGGAACGACGGCCAGCUGGGGGCCGGCAACGGCCUCGUCAUCAGCCAGGACGAUGGAGAAUCCUGGGGCGAAGAGCUGGACGUGUCCGAGGAGUUCGGGGAAGCGCGGGGCAGCCUUCCCGGUCCCGGCGCCGGCAUCGAGGUGGCCCUGACGGACGAGAGCUCCAAGUCGAACGGCUCCACUUCGGAGAUCAAGCGAUUAUUGGUCGUGUCGCACCAUGGUCCGUACGACAAGGAACCCGUGAAAAAACCCAGGGCUGACAAGAGCGCCCUAGAUGGGCGCAUCGAGGAGUUCCAAAAGAUCAUGGGCAAGGAGCCAGACCCGAAGAAGACCAAAGAAUUUUUCUCAUCGGCGGAGAUGUCGGCACUCUGGCAGAAACUCAAGACUGCACGGAACAAGAGCGAGAUGUCGAUUCAUGGAGAAGCGGAAGCAGCUGAGUUUAUUCGGAAAGGUAAAUUCAAGGAAACGAGGGAUGAGGACGGGGACAUCUGCUAUAUCAAAAACGAGAAGUACAGGGAGACUUCGACCAGGGAGGAGAUCACUGCAGAAUACGACCAACACUCAACUGUCAUGAGCUCUUGGUUCGAGGCUGAGACCGCCAGCUCGAUGUUCGGUGCCGUCAUGAAGAAGCCCGCAGGCAAGCCGCUGCCGCCAGAACACUCGGAUGCUGACGGCGCUGGCGACGAACAUGAUCAUGGGGAACCUCCAGCGCCCAAGAACGAUAUCGAGACGAUCAAGGCUGCGACGAGGAAGGCGAUCAACACCAUGAACAAGCUGACCCUGAAGGCCCAGGACUACUCCGUGCGCUGCAAGGCCGACAAGCUCGCGAAGCCCACCAAGGAUGCAUUGUUGGACACGUCUAAGCAGGCCGAGGCAGUCGCCAAGACGCUCAGGGCGGCGCUGGCCAAGCGGACCCCAGACAAGAAGGAGAUGAAGAGGGAGAUGAUGAACGCAGCCAGACCCAUGGUCUCCUCAAAGGAGCUCUUCACGAACAAGGCUUUCUUCAAGAAGUCAGACUAG